AUGAAAUUAGAAUUUUGGUAGGACUUGGAUGCGAAUUGGGGAAUAUGCUCAUCAGGAGGGGAGAUUCCCAGCGUCAUGCGCAUCUUCUUCCCCUUUCUCCUUCCUCCCAACUCAACUGAAUUAACUCCCCUUCCUUUCCUCACCUCCACCAAUCCCACCCAGUGGUGCACUUUUAAGCAGUAUAUUGGCUCGCAGCCAGCACGCUUCUUCCAACAUUUGCCAGCAAGUGAUUGCUGGCAAAAGGUAUUUCAAUUAUGAGUCCCAAAAGUACAUUGAACCCGAGCAGAGCCCUACAGGGCAUGCAUGGGGUGCAUGUGGUGUCCAGUUCUCGGUUUGAGUCAGAAGAGACUACUCAAAAUGACCUUUCUCACUCAACUUAUGGAACCUCACCUAUUGGAGCAAAUCAGCAGCUUUUUAUGCAGCGAGUGUGGCAGCAAAGACCGCCAUGCUUGAAACUCAUCCAGGGCUGCUGCAUUCAAGGUGAUCAGAGUGUUGCAGAAACAGUCGUGAAUGUGCUCACUUCACUUCCUUUUAUAGUUCUUGGAAUCCAUGCCCCGAGGAAGAAUCUAAAUACCAAGCUAUAUGCUAAUUCAUUAAUCGGAGUUGGAGUCGCCUCAAGUUUAUAUCAUUCUUCAAGAGGAAAACUAAGGAAAUAUUUAAGAUGGGCCGACUAUACGAUGAUAGCCACAACAACAGUAUGUCUAUCAAGAGCCCUCAGAAAUGAAAACCCAAAACUGCUGACAGCAGCUUCUGCAUUAUUUUUACCUUUCCAGCCUCUGAUGGUUUCUGCCGUUCACACGGGAUUAAUGGAGGUAGCAUUCGCCAAGAGAGCAUUGAAGGAUCCAGAGCUAAGAAUGGCCCACAAUGUACAUAAGAUGUCAUCACUAUUGGGAGGUGUUCUGUUCAUUGCCGAUGACAUGUUUCCUCAGACUCCGUUCCUUCAUGCUGCGUGGCACCUUGCUGCAGCCGUCGGUGUUGGCACCUGCAAUAAGCUUCUGGAGUAGCCAUCAUUCAAACAGAUAGAAGACCUGGCUAGCAGGCUAGAUGCAAUUCUACAACCAAAUUUGUCGAUCCAACCUUAUUAUUUUGCAGAAUGCCACCGGAAUUAUUAUUUAGUUAAUAUCUAGGUAAAAUCAUAGGCGCAGGGACAAGGUACGAGGUACGAGGUACGAGGGUUGUCUGAGAAAGUCGGAACAAUAGUAACUAAAAUUUUCCGAUUGACAUGUAAAUAAGAUAAUAGCAUUAUUAUUGUUGCUGGUGGAUAUUCUGUGUAAUUGAAAAAUAGUGGCAAACAAUUUCAGUACUAAAAGGGAGUAUGAGAUCA